ACCAACACCGAGCCUGAUCCAGUCCGCUGAGCCACCUCGCUGCUGCUGCAUGUUCACAUGAGCUCCAGUGUUUAUUAAGAGACAAAAAUGUUACUUUCGUCGUUACGGACGGCUGUUUUUCGCGGUUGCAGAUGUGCCGGCAGGGAGUUUCACCAGAGCAGCCGGAGUCCACAGCUACGACAAUGGUUUGUGAGGAGAAACCAGAGCACCAUCACAGUGGAGUCCGGUGCCCGCUCCAUCCCGGCAGCAGCCGCUGUUCCCAACGCUGCCACCAACCGCAUAGUUGGCCGCUGGUUGCUUGGAUGCAGUGGACUGGUCGUUGGGGCCGUGGUCUUGGGUGGCGUUACAAGGCUAACAGAAUCUGGGCUUUCCAUGGUUGAUUGGCAUCUGGUCAGAGAGAUGAAGCCGCCUCAGACCGACGCAGAGUGGGAGGCCGAGUUUUCCAAGUACCAGCAGUUUCCAGAGUUCAAAAUAUUAAACCAUGGCAUGACUCUUCCAGAGUUUAAGUUUAUUUUCUACAUGGAGUGGGGUCAUCGGAUGUGGGGCAGAUUAGUUGGGCUUGCAUAUAUUCUCCCCACCAUGUACUUCUGGAAGAAAGGAUACUUCAAUCGCUCCAUGAAAGGAAGAGUGCUGGGGCUUUGUGGCUUUGUCUUCUUCCAGGGUCUUCUGGGGUGGUACAUGGUAAAAAGCGGACUGGAGGAGAAGCCUGAGUCACAUGACAUCCCUCGGGUCAGCCAGUAUCGUCUGAGUGCUCACCUCGGCUCUGCCUUGUUGCUGUAUUGUGCCAGUCUCUGGACUGGGCUUACUCUGCUGCUUCCAGCACACAAGAUGACAGAAACCAGAAGUCUCAUGCAGCUCAGAAAGUUUGCCAAGGGAACUGGUGGACUUGUCUUCCUCACGGCUCUUUCAGGUGCUUUUGUUGCUGGUUUGGAUGCUGGUCUCGUUUAUAACUCCUUCCCAAAGAUGGCAGAUAAAUGGAUUCCUGAUGACCUGCUGGCCUUCUCUCCCACCCUCAAGAACUUCUUUGAAAAUCCCACCACUGUACAAUUUGACCACAGAGUUCUGGCGAUCGGUUCUUUGUCAGCGAUUACAGGCCUUUAUCUGUUCUCAAGGAGGAUGCUACUGCCCAGGAGGGCCAAGAUUGCAAUCAGCCUUCUUGCAGCAAUGGCCUAUACCCAGGUUGCCCUUGGCAUCAGCACCCUGCUACUGUACGUCCCCACUCCACUGGCAGCAACUCACCAGUCCGGUUCUGUGGCUCUUCUGUCACUUGCCAUUUGGGUUCUGGCCGAGCUUCGCAAAAUGCCUAAAUAAAUGCCUUCUUCACUACGGAUGAUCCAAUCCCAUGCAGCUACAUAGAAAACCUGUAAAAGAUAGCAUUGCCAUUAAAUACGAAAUUCAGAGAAAACCGUGACGUUCUGCAUUUAAAACUGAGCAAUGAAUGAAGCUUUUGCAUUUUGCAUUUCUCCACGAAGGUUACAGUACAAUAUAGCACACUUUUGAUGAAGCAUAUAUGUCAUUUAAUUAGUGCUGGGCGGUAUACGGGUUCAUACCGAAUACCGGUGUUUAUUCUUCUUAUGAUAUGAAUUUUUCAUAUACCGUAAUACCGGUGAGUUUGUACAGUAGCUACACAACGUUGGGAACGCUGCGCGGCUGGACACUGUUUGUGAGGGGACUGUUUAGCAGCAGUGAUGCACCGAUUGUUCGGUAACCGAAAUUGUUCGGCCGAAAAUGGCAAAAAAAACACUUUCGGUGUUCGGUGGAAUAAGUGGGAAAAAAAACUAACAAUUAAUAACGGCGUUGUAAAAUAAGGAAAUAGACUGGCAGCUCCGUAACUGUUGCACCACAAACAUAAAUCGUUGGCCAACCAAAAAGUAACCACAUAAGAAUUUUACCUAACAUUCACCAGGAGGUGGAACCAAAACAACAUAAUGCUGGGAAAUUAAAAAAUGUUCAGUUUUUUUAUGUUCAAUAAAUAUUUUCUACCUUGAAA